AUGACGACUUUGACACAACUCGCUGAGCAGGCGCUCGAAUCAGCGAGAAAGCUGGAUGCUUUUGCGGAAACAAGCUUCCAAUGCGACACCCUCAGCGACCUGCCGCCGGAGCUGGAGACGGAGAGAAAGAAUCUUGUUGAUGCCUCCCAAGCAAUGAAGCGUUUGAGCCUAGGAGCUGUCGGCUCUAUGCUUGAGACGCUCUUCACGUUCACCGAUCUUCAAGCUCUUCACUACAUCUACCACAACAAGAUACCAGCAUAUGUACCAGCCGAGGGUGAUACAUCCUUCGAAGACGUCGCAAAAGCCGCAGGCGUUGAUCCGGGACCGUUGCGUCGAUUCUUGCAGCAUGCUAUGGCCAGCAACUUCUUUGUCGAGACUCGACCAGGUUUCGUAGGUCAUAGCCCAGCGUCACUUCUCCUUCGCAACGACACAGGCGCUAUGGAUACAGUCGGCUUCCUUCUCGAAGACCUUGCACCAGCAGCUUUGCAGACGGUGAGAGCAUAUGAGAAGUGGCCGAACAGCAGCGAACCCAACGAGACUGGAUUUAAUGUUGCCGAGGCCACGGAGAAGCCGUUCUAUCGCCUCCUGGCGGAUGACCCGGAGCGAUCUCGAAGAUUUGGCGCAGGCAUGAGGUUCAUGACCAAAGGCUCUCUGUACGAUCUCAGCCACCUGGUCAACGGCUACGACUGGGCUGCUCUCAAUGAUGCGAAAGCAACAGUCGUUGAUGUUGGCGGUGGCCACGGUUCCGUCAGUAUUGCCCUAGCCAAGGCCUUCCCAGCUCUAAGGUUUGUCGUUCAGGACUUGGAAGGUACUGUUCACAGCGGAAAGAAAGAACUGCCAGCCGAGCUACAGCACCAAGUCAACUUCAUGCCCCAUGACUUCUUCUCAGAGCAACCAGUACACGGCGCAGACGUCUAUUUCUUCCGUUUCAUCUUCCACAACUGGGCGGACAAGUAUGCCACCAAGAUUCUGCACGCCUUGAUCCCAGCACUGAAGCCAGGGGCACGCAUCGUCAUUUACGAGUUCCUACCAGAUGCUGUUGCAACUACGAAGUGGAGCCAGAAGCAGCCAAGGAACUUGGACAUGAUUCAAGCCUUGGGUUGGAAUAGUCUCGAGAGGACACAAGAUGACUGGGCUGCUCUGUUUGACAAGGCUGGUGCCGGGUUCCAGUUUAUUGGCACGAAGAUCCCGCCAGGGAGUGCUGUGAGUCUGAUUGAGGCUUCUUGGCGAGGCGCCGAUGUUGUGGCUGGGACCACGAUGCCGAUUAAGAGUCAGGUCAGCAAGCCCAUCGAGCUUGUCGCUGAAGCAUGA